AUGGCUUCAUCUCCACUGUUCCAGGCCUUGCGUGUGGCGUACAAUGAUGAUUCUCCAGAGGGCUACUGGGGAGAAAAAACCUCAACUCUGAAUUUUUGCGAAGAGGACUAUGUAGUUUCUUAUUACUGUGCUGAAGUUUGCAAUACCUUGACCAACCUCUUGUUCCUGUGGCUUGGCUUCAAAGGCGUACAUAAUUGCGUAUCUCAGGGCCACCCACGCAUUUUCCUAGUCGCAUAUCUCGGAUACGUUAUCGUUGGACUGGGCUCUACGGCCUUCCACACAUCCUUGAAGUACCCUAUGCAGCUUAUCGACGAGCUAUCCAUGAUAUACACCACGUGUCUCAUGGUCUUUGCAACAUUUUCAUUCUCCAAGUCUAGCAGGUUUUCGGUCUUGUUGGGCGGCGGUCUCGUCCUCUUGGCUGGCCUUAUCACGUCCUACUACCACAUCACCAAAGAUCCGGCUUUCCACCAGGCCUGCUAUGCAGCGUUGACAGCAACGGUUGUUUUACGCAGCUUGUAUGUCAUGGAGACGCAGCUGCGGCCAGUUCUGGCACGAAGAAACAAGGACAAGGCCGAUCUCAUUCUCAAAACCAUGUGGAUCAUGGUUGGAACAGGACUCAGUGUCUUCCUCAUGGGGUUUCUUAUCUGGAAUAUUGACAAUGCGUUUUGCAGCCAAAUAAGACAAUGGCGACGACAGCUUGGUUUGCCUUGGGGCGCACUGCUAGAGGGUCAUGCUUGGUGGCACUUGAUGACAGGUGUUGGAGGUAUGGAUCAGAGGACAUACGGCAUUCCCACCUCCGACAUGUGCUAA